AUGGGUGAUGAGGCUGAAGUGCAUGGAGAAGUAAUAGGCCAAGAUCCUUAUUUAGUACUGACAGGCCCUACACGUGCUGUUGUGCUGAUGGAUCCUAUCACCAUAGAGGUUAAGCUGUUAGUGAAGGGCACUGAUGAAUCUGAGGAUAAACUCUUAAGCUAUCUAGCUGUGGAACCCUCUAUCCAUGGUACGCUCUAUUCAGAGCUGCUUAAUAGGGAUUACCGUAGCAAGCUUAGCACUCUGGAGUUUACACUUGGACAUAUUAUGGCCUCUGUGGAGGCCACAAUAUUUCUGCGAGUCACUGAUGGGUCAUGGCCAGAUGGUUUUUCUGGUAGAUUUGUUACCCGCACCGCCAGUAUUGAUCAAGAAAUGGUCCUCCUACUUCAUUCUGGAGACAAAAUAGUUCCUUGUACUGAUGAUGGGGAUCUGAAGCUUUUGCGACGUGUUGCUACUGUCGAAGUUAAUGGAAAGCUGCAAGUUUCUGUUAAGGCAUGGAAAGUUGAUAACAGUGGUAAGAAUAAAGACAAGAUUUCCAUGCCCAAAGAAGCCGAUGAUAUCUCAGUAGAAAAAGAAGCGGUUUUCACACAAAAAAAAACUGGCAGAAGCGAUGAUACGCUUGACAUUGGCUUCUGCAAAAUAAAAGUUACUGUCGCCUGGUCACUUAUUUGUCGUGGUCUUUUUUAGUGCUUAUUUCUUGUUGGAAGUACUUAUAUUAUAUGAUAUUGGCGGCACAAUGGUAUGCUACAUAAUGUUUAGGAGCUGUUGCCUUUGAAGUGUUAUUUAUGUCUAAAAUAAACCAGGCUUUUGUUGGGUGGGUGCCUCA